CACACAUCCUCCUCUUCAAAAUGGGCAGCAACGGCGAUUUCCACGUUUCCACAGGUAUCACUCCUCCAAAGGGACCUGUCUCAUACUCGACAUAUAAGUCUCCCUAUGGACCCAAAUACAAGAUUCAACCAAACAUUGCCGGAUGGACCCCAAAGGCAGCUUCCAAGGUUGGCCUUACUUUAGCAGGAUUUGGUGCUACCGCUGGAUUCUUUGCUCUUUUCUUCUUCUCCGACAUUCCUAGAGUACGAAACGAUAUCAUGGUUAAAAUCCCUAUUAUUGGUGACCGCUGGAGAAAGGAAAUUCCUGCAUCCGACAACAAUUGGCAAUUGGCUCUUGGGCUCGGAGAAAGAAGAUCUUGCCAUGGCAAAUCGUUAGGCUUCAAAUUUGCUGUCUAUAGCGUCAAGAAGCCGAUGUCACAAGUGUACAUCAGUUGUUUCCGUCCAGACUCCUUUUCUGAACCGAGUUCUUGA